AUGAUUUAUUUAUUCUUCUGCUUUCUAGUUUUUAUUACAGAAGCUUGCUUGCCCGGCCUUUGGGGUGGUUAUCCAGCAUAUUCUGGAGGUUUCUAUGGUCGUCCGUUUGUCGGUGGAUUGCCAGCAGCGGGCGGGUUGCCCCCUGUUGGACUGGGUCCCCGAAUCAUCCCCCCAAUCAAUCCAAUGGGUGCAAUGGGACCAAUCGGGCCAUUCAGAGCUGAAGCAAACUCAGAUCAAGCCCGAUCCGUUUCCAUAUUGAACUGUGCUAGCUUUGAAGACAGCUGUAAAUGGUCGAACACUAAUGAGGAAGAGCUGGAUUGGUCUACAGUGAAAACUCAACCGCACAGUCAAAGCUGGAUGGCGACUCUGGGAACGUCGAGUUAUCCAAUGCCUUCUGCGGGAGCGUUGAUCUCAUCACAGCGACGAGGCUGGGAGGGCGGACAAUUGGUUUCCGAUCAACUCCCUUGUUUGCCCAACGGGAUCGUCUUGCAGAUAACUGCUUGGAGAAGCAGAACUGGCAGUCCGGGUGAUCAACCGCGACUCCAAGUUUGCACAAGAAAUGCAGCCGAGGAGAGAUUACCAUUAGUAAAUUGUAAUGAAGUUCCGAUUCACAAUGCAGCCCCAGUACAAGUUGAUGUUCCCACACCAAGUGACUCAACGAAACCCACACAAAUUAUACUCUAUGGAAACAACUUUGCGGCUCAAGAAGGUGGUGCAAUCUUUAUACAGGAUAUUGAGCUUCAAGGACAAUUGAAUUGCAAUGAAGUGACAGUGGAUAAACAUCCAACUCUGAUUGGGAACAGUAUUCAACGACAAAAUCCACGGGCUGUUGGCCCAUUGGAGGCCAUGGAAAACCCAUCUUCUCAACUUGAAGACAUCAGUUCUCCGAUCGCUUUUGACGAAAACGAAUCCAUCAAAGCUCCACCACCGCCGAUUUUCGAUAAACCCAAUGAUUUCCUUAAACCAAACCCAUCACUUUUUGAACAAUGCUUGGCGUUAAGCUGCAAUCCAUCGGAUCUUUCCUGUAAAUUCUGGCGAUCUUCGGGUAAUAAUCGAUGGGAAAUCGGUUCAGCGGGGAGAACGUCAAAUCCAUUAACCGGAAUCAACACAUCGCCUGGAACCGCCAAAAAGUUCCUGGUUGCCCCAUUCUUGGACUCUCAUAUUACCUCGUACUCAUUGGUCACUGAAAAGUUAAAUAUUCCACUAGCAGAAGAAGUGUAUUUCUGUUUCUACGAAUUCUUGGCAACAAACGGACUCUCGAUGAGCGUUUGCACGGAUCGAUCCGAAUGCUUUUAUCGACAGACUCGACUCAAUGUUGGAGAUGGAGUCAAUGCUAACAAAGAAAAUAAGAAAUGGAAUCUUCGAUGUAGUCGAUUACCGACUGGGAUCUACGAGCUUCGAGUGAUCGCUGAGAAUAUGGGUGACAACAAGGGAGAGAUCGGCUUUUUACCCGUUCGUUUAUCGAAAGAUCCAGUGGGACAAGAAUUUAUUUGC